GGCCGGGUGGGGCCCGGAGCGCGGAGCCGACAUCUCUAACCCGCUGAACUUUGGCUGUUCCACCUACUGCAGGCUGGCCACCCCGCCGCGGAGACAGCGGGCCAUGGCGCGGGUGCUGAUCGUGGGCGCCGGGCUGACGGGAAGCCUGUGCGCAGCGCUGCUGAGGAAGGCGGCGACUCGUCCUUUGCACCUCGCUGUGUGGGACAAGGCCGGGGACUCAGGGGGAAGAAUGACCACAGCCAGCAGUCCUCAUAAUCCACAGAGCACAGUGGACUUGGGUGCCCAGUACAUCACCUGCACUCCUCAUUAUGCCAAAAAACACCAGAGUUUUUAUGAUGAACUGUUAGCUCCUGGUGUUUUGAAGCCUCUGACCUCUCCUAUUGAAGGAAUGGUGAUGAAAGAAGGAGAUUGUAACUUUGUGGCACCUCACGGAGUUUCUUCAAUUAUUAACCAUUACUUGAAAGAAUCAGGUGCUGAUGUCUACUUCAGACAAUGUGUGACCCAGAUCAACCUGAGAAAUGACAAGUGGGAAGUCCUCAGGGAAACAGGCUCCCCUGAGCAGUUUGAUAUUGCUGUCCUCACGAUGCCAGCUCCCCAGAUUCUGCAGCUUCAAGGUGACAUCGUCAACUUAAUUAGUGAAUGCCAAAGGCAGCAACUGGAGUCUGUGAGCUACUCCUCUCGCUACGCGCUGGGCCUCUUUUAUGAAGCUGGCACGAAGAUUGAUGUCCCUUGGGCUGGGCAGUACAUCACCAGUAAUCCCUGCAUUCGCUUCAUCUCCAUUGAUAAUAAGAAACGCAAUAUAGAGUCAUCGGAAAUCGGGCCUUCCCUUGUGAUUCACACCACUGUCUCAUUUGGAGUUACAUACUUGGAACACAGCACUGAAGAUGUGCAGGAGUUAAUCUUCCAGCAGCUGGAAAAUAUUUUGCCUGGUUUGCCUCAGCCAGUUGCCACCAAAUGCCAGAAAUGGAGACAUUCACAGGUUACAAAUGCUGCUGCCAACUCUCCUGGUCAAAUGACUCUUCACCUCAAACCUUUUCUUGUGUGUGGAGGGGAUGGAUUUACUCAGUCCAACUUUGAUGGCUGCAUCACUUCUGCCUUAUGUGUUCUGGAAGCUUUAAAGAAUCAUAUUUAGUACCUGUAUUCUUAUUUUUUUACAUGUACUUUGGGGUUUUCACAAUUUUCUGUCAUUGAUUAUUUUGUUUUAUAUUUUGUUGAGAGAAAUUACCGGAAAAUUGUUCUUUACUGAUUGUUAUUUUUCAUAUGGAGUAAAAAAUCAAUUUUAUAGUUUCAAUAGUUACAACUCAUGCUAGAAUGAAAUUCCUUGUACUUUAUACUUUUCUCCACUUUUCUGAAUUGCCAUGUCUACUCCUUGUCGGAGGCAAAGUAGUGCUUAAGAAAAACAAAUGACUCUCCCCCCAAAUUAUGUCAAAUCAAAGUAACAGUUCAUGUUCAGAAACCUUUAUUAUUCUUUUGAAAAUUUCAAUCCCAAGUGAAGAAUAAUCAUUAUCAAGGCCUCAUUAUAAAUCUUCAAGUAUGUCCUUGAUUCAGUAUUUUUACAAAUUGCCAAACUACAAGAUUCCUCCAAACUGUGGAUAACAGAGUGUAAUUUUUGUUUCUCAUUUCUCUUCCAAGUUAUUAAAUGAUCCUGAAUUGUAGGUCACAUAUGUCAUCAUCUCUAAGAACGCAGUUUGGAGGGCAACUUGACUGACAAAGAAAUGUCUCUUCAAAUUUUCAGAAAAUAACCAGAUUCAACUUGACUUUCCAAGUCACACAGUACUUUUUAACCUUAGGGAAAAAAAAAUCCAGUCUUAAUAGGAAAGAUAAAAAUUAAAGAGAAACUGAGAGAAAUUAUAUUGAUCUUUACCUUUUGCUGUCUCCUGUGGCUAGUGCUGUUACUUUUAUGUCCUCUGCAGUAUGUGCUGUGGCAUUUAGACUCUGUCAAGUUUAAUGAAUUUAAUACAAAAAAAUUUACUGAACCAGAAAAUAGAUGCACUUAAAACAGUUCAAUAUUUGCCAACUUAGCGGUUCAGCAUAUCACCCACAUGCUUCAGUGACAACCCCAUGACUUGCUGGCUGGAGAGAAAUUGAUCCCCAGCCUUCCAAACAAGCUACCUGUUGCUAAUUUGGAAAGUGAAAUGGUGAGUUCCGUUUUGCCAUUUUGAAAGGAAAGAAAUUGUUGCAGCCUCUCAAACUGAGAAAAGUUCAACCAAAGACUCCUUAGCUUGGUAGUAUUUAAAAUCUCACACUUACGUGCCCACUAUCAUACAUACACACACACAGGCACAGGCAGAAUUUGUUUAUGUAACUACAGAGUGGGUUUUGUGAUUCUAUGAAAUGUCAUUAUACAUCUCCUAUCAGCAAUCAAUUCAUGGAAAACUGAAAUGCCUACAUGUGGUUAACAUCACUUAUUUUUGAAAGCAUAGAAAGGAAAAGGGAAAUUACUGUGAUCUCUGGCAUGAUAUGAUAAAAAUAUUGAGAUUUCUUUCAUCAUUUUGGCCUAUAUUUGAUUAACAUUUGUCUUUAUUCUGGUUAUACCCUUAAAAUAUGGUAAAAUAGUACAUUCAAAUAUAUUAAGUAACUAUUCUGUUUUUAACUAAUAUAAUUCUGGAGCCAUUUGAGUGAAAGCAUACUGAAGAUUUAAAAGCAGUGUUAUAUUCAUCUCAUGAGUGUAUAUACUCGCAAGAAGAGAGAGAAAAUGAUUUAUAAGGUGGAGUGGGUUACCUACAGAAAUUAUUCUAAGCCAUUACUGACGACUUUUAAUAUCUAUUCAUUCGAAGUGCGUUUCCCUAAUAAUUGUGCAUCUGCUUAAAGAAGACUAUGGCAAUACGAGAAUGCACUCAACCCUGCUUAGUAUGUAGAUCAUUGUUACUUUGCUAAUUUAAUCAUUUUGAAAAUUCAUUUUACAUUUAGAUCCAUCUCUGAUAGAAACGGACCAAUUCCCUGAUGCUCAAAUCAGGAAAGAAAAUGUUUCAAAAGUUUGUUUCUCUAUUUUCAUUUACCUCUUCCUCUUUAGAAAUUGAAAUGGAUAUGGGAAUAUCUUGUGCUAGAAGCCAUCAAGCCUCAGAUGGCCAGGAUGCCCUAAAUGACCCAGGGCAAAGGCAGCUAAGUCCCCUGAGAAAUAGGGGUCAGCACCUUUUGGCAGAGUUACCAAGGUGUAUGUAUGUCAGCUCCACAGGACCACACAGCACCACAGUACUGCCAAACAAGAACUUUUAUUAAACCAGCCAAGGAAAUCUGCUCUGUUUUGAAAGGAGCAUAUUCAAGUGAGAAACGGCUUGAGCAGUGGGAUGAUUUAAUACUUGUUAGCUGAUAAAUAUAGACUUUGCUGGAAUAAAACUUUAUGAUGCAGGGUUGAAAAGCUUAAUUACUAAACUGUCUAUACACAUCUUGCUCAGGCAGCGAGGGUGACAAAUUAUAGCAGUCAAAUAGUAUUUUUCACCUCUGGCAUUUCUGAAGGGGAGAAGUAUGCCUAAAAACAUCGAGAAAGCAGUAAUAAUCCCAGACCAGAUAUUACUGAGAGAAACGAAGACACGUCAUUGAGUCACCAAGUCUUCUGUGCAGAAUGCCACCAUCACCACCCCUCCGCCUACUUACUACCUUGUUAAGUAAAAAGAACAAGGUCAAUUUUACAUUUAUCUGGCAUUUUAUACAUAUAUAUAUAUAUAUAUAUAUAUAUAUAUAUAUAUAUUUCCAUCCUCCUAACAUCUUGUGAAAUAAACAGAGCAGAGAAUUCUUAUUCACAUUUGACAAAUGAGGAAACUGAGGCACAGAGAUUAGCCAACCAAGGUCACAUCAUCAAAUGCAGGACAAGAACCCAGGCCUCCCAUGACCCAUUUCUAUUUACAUGGCACCAUGCCGGUGCCAGAUGAACAUGAUAAUUAAAGCUGAACUGAAAUAUUAGUUGGAGGUGCAGUCAGCACCAUGUGGUCCUCUUAUUGAUGUUUCAUUUCAGAGAGCUAACACUAAUCCUGAUGUGAUGUAUACAGGGAUCUAAUAUAGAAUAAAGUCUCCGUAAGUACUAGCUAAGUGAUUUACAUUCCCGUCAUUUUCAUUUGCUGGUUUAUUUCCUUCUUUGGGGGGCACUUGCUGUGAAAAAUGGCUGUAUCCUAAUGACACUGAAUUUCAACCAAGCAGUAGUUGGUUAGCAAACAGGCUUCCUCUGCAUUCAGUGUUUCCUUCUGUAUUCCUCUUUGUCUCUCUAUUCCCUUUGUUUCAUUCUCUCCUCUAUUAGUUUCUACCAUUUCUUUCUCCCCUCUUAUUUUUCCCUCCUACUUCUUAUCCUGUGUCCCUUCUCAGAAAUCUGGAAUAUAAAUGCAAUCACAUUAUGACUCAUAGCAUUUGUAAUUUUUUUGCUUUAAUAUAAUCUCUUUUCUCUAAAAUUUAAAGCAGCCAAUGCUGCAUUUUAUUCAAGUUGAUAGGAUAAUCAUUAUUUUGAUUUUUCAAAAGUAAUGCAAGAAUUCAAAACUAUGUGUAGCUUUCAGGGAUCUCAGUGCUAAUAACCUAAAAUAUAUAUGCAAAUCAUGGUAUCAGACUCUGUGGUGGACACAAUGGAAUAUAAUUAGCCAUCUCCACCUAAAGAUGCUAGUUAGGGGAAGACAAGUCCCAUAGAGUGGGAGGCAUGGUAAAGGUACAUGUUGGUGGAAUCGCACAUAGUAAAUAAGAUGCUGUAUCUCAUGAAACUGGGAAUCCUAAGAGAAAGAACCAUGUUUCCUUGGAAGAGAGAGGGUCUCCAAACAGAAGCAGAGAUCCAUCAAGAAAACACUUCCGACAGCAUCCCUCCCCUCCACACCAUAGCUGGGCAGACCUGGCUGACUCUAGGAAUCCAAACUGUGUAUCAGAGUGGUCAGGAUAAGUGAAUACUUUCUGUGGAGAAGGCUCAGUGAAACACAGAAUGUAGUCUCUGGGAAAGGGAAAAAGCCUUG